AUUCCCGCUCUUAGAAUGUUCUCACCGCAGUUUUCUGGGAGAACAAACUUUUUAAAUAACUUUUCAUAAAGUGUGAAGUGGUUUGUGUUUGUGUGGGUGUGUGUGUGUGUGUGUGUGUGUGUGUGUGUGUACGCUGCCAUCAUGCCUCGCUCUUUCCUGGUGAAGAAAGUCAAGCUAGAUGACAUUUCGACCGCCGAGCUGGAGCGCUCCUACUGUCACGGCCGACGCGGGGAACUGAGCCUGCGAUUCCAUCAUCAUAAAAGUUACGAGCGAGAUUAUCUGAGCCCGUCCCCGUACGACGACCCGGCGCGCAGCGACUUGCCCGCCAUCUCCAAAGCCCCGCCCUCCCCUCCCCGCCCGUCCAUCAUCUACAGCCGCAUCGGCGGCGGCUACGCCGGCGGCCUCCACGGCGACCCCCACGGCGACUCGGACCAGCCCGACAGCCCCCGCUCGGAGGUGUCGUCGGCGGCCAGCGGCUACAUCAACGGGGACGCCGCCGUCGGCGAGGCCUACUCCGUGGACGCCUUCUUCAUCGUGGACGGCCGGUCGAGACGGAAGGGAGGCGGGACCGGAGAGGGAGCAGGAGCGGCAGGGCCCGGCGCCCCUCAGAGGCACUCGUGCGGCGAGUGCGGCAAGACCUACGCCACCUCGUCCAACCUGAGCCGCCACAAGCAGACGCACCGCAGCAUGGACAGCAAGAUGGCCAAGAAGUGCCCGACGUGCGGCAAGGUCUACGUGUCCAUGCCGGCCAUGGCCAUGCACCUGCUCACGCACGACCUCAAGCACAAGUGCAACGUCUGCGGCAAGGCCUUCAGCCGCCCGUGGCUGCUGCAGGGUCACAUGCGCUCGCACACGGGCGAGAAGCCCUUCGGCUGCGCGCACUGCGGCAAGGCCUUCGCCGACCGCUCCAACCUGCGCGCGCACAUGCAGACGCACUCGGCCUUCAAGCACUACAAGUGCAAGCGCUGCGACAAGACCUUUGCGCUCAAGAGCUACCUGAACAAGCACUACGAGUCGGCGUGCUUCAAGGGGGCUUUCUCCCCCAUCGACUCGCUGGGGGAGUGACGCUCCGGCGUUCUGGCCACCUGGCGAUUCCACGCGCGGACUCCCCUGUUCCGACCGUGCCGCGGCCCGCUUGACACUGGCUGCUGGCAUGGUUCUGAUUGCGUGCUCAAGAUCUUUACAGUCCCCCUCCUCUGGCACGCUUGGAUAACGCGUGGUGAGGUCGUGCGGUUGCUCAUAAGGCAGCGGGGGCAAAGUGUUCGGUACCCGGGGCUUCGCCGACGUCAUCCACCUCUUAUUGCCAACCCCAUCGCAUCACAGUUAGCGAAAAAACGCAAUAUUACACCUCACAACUGUUCUACACACAGCAGUUCAAAAUCAAUACUUCAGUUCAGCCUCAAAUCAUUUCGACAAAAUAUAUUUGACACAUAGAUACUGAUAGCCGCAGUCAUGUUUUGCCAAUCAAAGUUUUCUUCUGACCGACCAAUCAGAGGAUGGAAAAACGCUGACAUCAUCGAGGGUCGGCGCUCUGACCCUAUGAGGACGAAAUAGAAAUCUAAUAUGCUCACAAAACAUUUCCAUUGCUAGUGUAAGUGACGUCUAUCUUGACCAGGAAAACUUAUUCUCAAGGCUCUGGGGAGAUUAAAUUGACAUGGCAACAGACCGAGAUUGAAAUCUGAUUGGACGAAAAAAAAAAAAAAAAGAAAACAAUGCAGCCAAGAAAAACAACAGAAGGUAGUCAAUCGGGAGGAAUGGUGGAUCAGGUGGCCUCACAGUUCUGAGGUCCCGGGUUCGAUCCUGGAAGCCACCAGUGCGGAGUUUGCACGUUCUCCCUGUGCCUGCAUGGGGUUUCCUCCGAGUGGGCACUCCGCUUUCCUCCCACAUCCCCAAAACGUGCAAGAAUAAUUGGACACACUAAAUUCCCCCUUGGUGUGAUUGUGACUGCGGCUAUUUGUCUCCAUGUGCCCUGCGAUUGGCUGGCUACCAGUUCAGGGUGUACCCCGCCUCCUACCCAUUGACAGCUGGGAUAGCUUCCAGCACUCCUCGUGACCCUUGUGAGGAUAACCGGCAAAGAAAAUAGAUGGAUGGAUGGGUUGUCAAUGCUUUUACUUCACUCGCCACGUAUUAAUGACACAACCUACCCGAUAGAAAUAAACAUGACAACUACAAAUAACGCACAAAAAGUCUACGACACGAAAUAAUCCACACAGUCAAAAAAAAAAAAGUCAAGUAAUCAGUGCUAAGCAUCAUGGGAACUGAUUCACUUUGACUAGUAGAAACAAGCAUAAGUUUAAAAAAAAAAUGAAAAAAAGGGAAACAGCAUGCACAGCCAAUUAUGCAAGAACUUGUUAUUAUUUAUGAUAACUGGACACCUUGCAUAAUAGAAUGAGAUGCCAUGGCUCAAAAUAACCCAAAAAGUUGGAAAAAAAAAUCCUCCCGGUCACAAAUACGUGGACUGUACAUUAUUUUUCUUAAAAGCCACAGUCCAAAACAAUAAUAAACAAAACAGCUGGGAAUAAUCCACUCAGUCAGAAAAAAAAAAAAAAACAA